AGCUUAAUCAAGCACCUGUUGCCCACGUUCAGGCGACGAUACAGAAGUUUUGAAGCUUCCAUCUCCUACAUACAAGGCUGAACUCGACGCCAUGGCCGAGGCCUCGAGUCCCGCGGCACCCACAGCCUCAAACGCUUCCAAGAGGCUCAGGGAAGACAGCGAGGCUAUCAAGAGCCGACUUUUGGAUCAGCACUUCCACAUCACCCGCUAUGCAGAUCCGUUGGUUCCACGAAAGACGUUAGACUCCCAAUUCUGGCCAAGGGAUGUGACGCCAGAGAUGGAGCAAAAGUGGCUGGCCAUGAUUAAGGAGCACCGUUCUGCCUAGACUGCGGGAUAUUAGACAUGAAACAUGGGAGGCAUGAGUGGGAAUUGACGAGGCUUUCAUUUCACGAUCUUGACGAUGUAACGAAAAUACACAAUGAGCUGUGCUAUACCUAAUCAUACAGUUUUUCUUUUG